AUGCAGUUCUCUGACUCCGAGUCCUCCGAGUCGUCCGCCGAGCCAACACCGGUAAAGCGACUGCGAAAGGCGUUGCCGCAGCGUCUCUCAGGAAAUGGCCCAGACGCAUCCGGUGGCCUCGAGAGCACUGUGCGUGCCUUCACUCGAACAGCAUCUCCGGACACGUCUGCGAGGAGGGCAGAAGGUGACGGGGAGCGUGGCGACGGUGGAGACGGCACCCAUCGCGGCAGCUCGCUGCACAUUUCUAUUACAGCUGGGACCCAGGGAAGCCCGAUGACAACGGCCACGCGCGCGCGGGCGGUUAUUUCCGUUAGCGACGACGAGGAUGACAGUGAUGACAGUGAUGGUGCCGCCGCUGACAUCAACAAGAGGGGUGGCAUGCGUGCCUCUCAGCGGGUUCCGCCGUUUUUUGCGAAGAAGUUGUCUACCCCGUCUGACGCGGCUGGUGCCGCGGCUGCCACUGCAUCGGCAACUCCAGCUGGCGAGUCAGCCCAAACAGCGUUGCGGCUCGCACAGUCGUCCUCGUCGUCCGUCUCGUCGUUAUCGCUUGAGCUGUCGGGCGUACACCGUGCUGCUCCAAAGCCGCACGCAACGGAAGCGGGGUACAACCCCCCACAAAGUAGGCGGGCCGCCGUGCUCUCCACCUCCUCUUCCUCGCUGGACUCGUCUCGCGCGUCUUCGCCGCCGGUGGUGGUGGACGCCGUCGCCGCGCGCAGACCGGACCCGCGGCGCUCCUCUUCUUCAUCGUCUUCGGCGUCGUCCCCCGCUGAGCUUGUGUUUCACCGCCUCUCCUUCCCCCACAGCACCGCCGCCGCCCACCCCGCAUCGCCGGUUUCAUCCACUCCCGCGUUGCCCCCCGGCGAGGUUCCCCGCACGUCAAAACCGACCACGACGGCGACGAGUGAGGCGAGCGCUGUUCUACGCCCUCGCGUGGUGUCCCCAGCAGAACGCAACGUGCACCAUGGCGCCGCGGUCGUGUCCGACUUCGAUGAAGGCGUCGACGAGGAUGCGUUGGACAGCAGCGCUGCCAGUCUCACCGUCCAGGCCGCCCUCGACGCAGCUGAGCAGCGGCAGCUGCAGCAAGACCAAGGGGAAACGCCGCCUGCCGUGUCCGCCACCACACUGCACCCUCUCUCCACCACACAGUCGCAGGUCGGCACUCCGCUGCCCACGUCCCAGCGAUCUCCGAUGCAGGUCCAUGUCGAGAGAGCGGAAGGGGAGGAGGAAGAGGCAAUGACGAUGCCGGAGGACGUACCUCGGCGUACCGCAGCGGGCAGACACGAUGCCCACCUUGACGACGCAGACGACGCGACGGUUGAGAGCGUCAUUGCAGGUUCGCAGCAGCUGCCCUACGAUACGGCGGAGGUGGUGGAGGGUACUGCAACCAACACGGCGGCCGGCACCUUCUCGAGCAUCGUCACAGGACCUCGUCGACAACCGCCACCGCCGCCGCCGGCGCUUUCCACCACCACCACCAUGACGCGGCCCUCCCCUUCCGCGAUGCGACCAGAUGACGACGACGACGAUGACGAUGGUGUUGCGGUGGGCGAAUGCGAAGAAGAAGAACACAUUCUGUCCAAGGCGGACACGGAACUGACGGUGGAACAGCAGAACGCCCCCGCAACGUACGACACCUCCACCCACGUCACGUCGACCGAGGCGCCACAGGCGGCGGUGAUGCACAGCACGUCUUUCCCCCUCCCGACUCGCAGCAGCAGCAGCGGCGGCGGCAGCACCCACAGCCACAAAGGCGGCGCACAGGGAGGGCAGAAGAAGCGGCCCCGUGCUGAACAGGGCACCGCCAGCAGCAACAGCAGCAGCAGCGACGCAGACACGGCCGUGCUCUCGCCUCCACAAACAGCGUUGGAGCAGAGCGGAACGCUGGAGGAAGAUGACGGUGGCACGAUGCGGUCUGUUGUGGCGAUCGGUAGUGGUGGUGGUGAUGGUGUGACGGCGGCGGCGCCCGUCGUGUGGGAGACGCCCACCGCGCUGGACCUCAAGCAUCAACACUUUCUGCACCUCCCAUCCGUGCACGGCGAGACACAAACGGCACCGCUACCAACGACAGCCACCACCGGGGAUGAGUCUCCAUCACGUCUCAGUGGGGUGCUGAUGCCGCCGUCGCCGUCGCAGCCGCGUGUUUGUCUCUCUCCAUACGCGACCUCGCUCAACAGCAGCAACGCGUCUAGUGCGAAGGCGAACCUGCAUACAGGCGCUGCUGCGGGAGCUCUCCCCCCUCCUCCUCCGACGCCUCCACAUCUUUCUAGCGGUGGUGCAGCUGGAAAUGAUAAUGACAGGCAAACGUCGCGUGUGGAGAGCGGUGCCGGCGUGAUGCGCAUGGCUCCUGCACCGAGCUCGUCUUCAUCCUCACCCUCAUCUAGUCGGAGUGACAGCUCCAGAAUUCAUGAAGGCGCUGACCUCAUACACCAAGCAGCUCGCAGCAAGCACGACAGGAAUGAGGCGGCGGAUGGCGGAAAUCGAAACGCGGCGGUGGAUCACAAGCCGGGCACUCGUGCCAUGCCGGUGCUAACCAGUGGCGAUGAUGAUGAUGAUGGUGACUUGAUCAGCGACAACAAGGAUGUACGCAGCGGCGCAGCACCGUUCGUCCGAAGCAGCAGCUUGCACUCGCCGACGAGCUCCUCCGCAGAAGCCCAGUCCGCGCCCGAGUCCGCACAGGUGGAAGAGGCGCUUCGUGAAUACAAAUUUGGAGGCGUCGGAGCGGCCACCGCGGACGUGCGUGCGGCCGCACAAGCACAGAGGAACGCCAUGUAUGACACCGAGGCAGGCGAAGACGAAUUUGAGGAAGGCGAAGAAGGAGACGCUUGGGAGGACAGCGACGGCGCGGCGAGGAGCUCCGCAGAGGUGGACAGCCCCCACGAACUGCAGGAGGCGGGACGUUGGAGCGAGGUGCUGAAGGACAUGGAGCUGAUCGACUGCACGAUGGUGUCUCAGGUGUAUCAGCAAACGCUUCGUCGCCGCUCGCGCGAGAGCCACUCCGCAGCGGAAGAAAACGAGGAGUCCGGCGAGGACGUCUGCCUCUUCAAGGUCCUCUCCCUUUUUCCCCUCGUGGCGUCCGACGAGCGUGCACGGUGGAGCCGGCGCACAGAGGUGCAGCGACGGCUGCUGGACCUGGCGCAGGAAAUGCGGAACACCCAGCGCGCACUGGACGAGGCCGGACUGACGGCCGCCGGCGUAGAGAGAAGCGCCUCCGUCUCGCUAGUCAGCAGCCACAGCGAUAACGCACGCCCUACCCGCGCCACCUGCGCUGGCAUCUCCGCGGUCUACGUCGACGCGAACUGCCGCCUUAUCGCCCAACUCGAAGCCGAACCGUACAUGAUCCCGCUCCGCCACCUACUCCCCGCCGCGUGCGGCACCGGCCUGCAGGAGAACGAGAUCGUGGCGCUGCUGCGCAGUGUGGUGUGCAAGACGGCGGUGAUGCACAACGCCGGCUUCGUGCACGGGGCGCUGCACUCCGGCAACGUCCUCCUCUCUAGCUACGACGGCGACACCGUCCUCACGCAGCCGUGUGGGUUGAUGAGCCAGUCGUGGUCUCUGCCUUCGGACUUGUCCGUGCUCAGCGUGGCGCGUGCGUGUGCGAUGGCGGCGCACCUGCCGCGGGUGUGGGGUGCUCGCCGGUUGCACGUCAAGGCGCAGACCUCCGCGCGACUCGGUACCCCGUCACGGCCGGACAUCAACGAGCUCGUUACCUAUCACAACAUGGCAAUUCUUGGCUGGGACCGCGACGACAGCGAUGCAGAGGAUGGCGACGCACGGGGAAACAGAGGAAACCCUGCGGCGUACUCCCCGACAACCGCCGAUGACUUGUACGCGCUAGGCUUGAUAGCAUUCCUGCUCUACCUCGGCGUACCACCGUUUCACACAACCUCGCUGUGGGCCGCAGUGGAACGGCUGGGCGUGCUGGCUGGCGACUACGAGGCGGCCAUGAAGUCGUCGUCGCGACACGCGGCGCGGUACCACAUCGCGGCCUUUUGCUUCGGCGAACGCGACGCACGCAGGAGCGACAGCGCCGCUGCGAAGCAACUCCCCGACUUGUUCACCUGCGGCUACGGCAAUGUGCAGCGUCACGCCGUGGGCCGUCUUCGACCGGAGUUCGAGGAGGCGCUGCAAAACUUUAUUGUGGACUGUGUGGAGGCGUCGUGCGUGGAGGCCGUCCGUAACGGCGGCGGAGCGAACUCCCACCGAAUCAGCGAGGACGCCUCGGGCAACACAAGGAAGAACAGCCGCAGCUGCGGCCCUCAUUACCGCACGGCGCAGGACCUGCUGGAUACGCAUGCGCUCUUUCAGCGCUUCGGCGUGGCCGGCGCGUCGGAGGCGGUGGAGGAGGGGGAGGAGGGGGAGGAGGACAACACAGCAGAGACGCAGAUGCGCGACACGGUGCACCGCUUGGUCUACCCCGCGUUUUGCACGUGGGCGCGCGCGCGUGCGGAGUGCGGCUCCGCCCCGCACCUGGCGCGGAUGCACAGCAAUGCGCUCUACACGGCCCGCUGCAUGGCCCUAUGCGAGUCGCUGCAUGCGGUGAAUGCGGCAGAGCAUCCGCCAGACCCAAGUGCGCCAGCCGCAACGACGGUGCUGUCAGUCCUCUGUCCGGAGGUGGCGGGUAGUCUUCAGGCGUGGCAGCCGUGGUUCCCCUCUGUCGGCACAAGCGCAGAUGGGCUACACUGUGUGUACGGUGUGCCAGCAGGGAAAGGCAUCGCGACGGGCGCGGAAGAUGAAGACGACGCGCACACGCAUGGAGCUCAACCACGAGCGUCGACGCGCAAGAGCGCCACGGCGGUUUUAGAAGGCAGAAGCAACGUCUCCUCGUUCAUACGGCCCUCUGGUGGGGAGGCGCCGGCGUGGCGGACAGAUGCGCACGACACCGACGAAAACGCCUUGAGUGACGACGCGGAAGAUGCGCUGGCGAGGCAACUGCUGUGCUGUUCUUCUCCUUCCACCAGCUACUGUGAGUUCCGCCAUUACCCCCACCUGCACGCCCUCGUGCUGGCCAACAAGCAAAGCGACUCCUUUGGCCUCAGCCGUGCGUUUGUGCUGUCGCGGCUGUCCGACGUGGCGGACACGUUAGUGCUGCAGCAGCUACGGGACUGCACUAUCACGCUUCUCGCUCCCUUCCGCUACGUCGUGCUAGACGGCGUGGUGCGGUGUGAGGUGCGACUCGGCCCGUGUGAAGCAUGUGUGCUGCGCGACGUCCGGGACUGCCCGGUCAUCGCGGUGGCGGCGCACCACAUUUGCGGUGCGGAGGUGCACAACACGCAGAUCAGCUGGGCCGGGUGUAGCGACCAGGACGACGGCGCCCCUCCGCUGAAGGACAGCCGCAACGUGUCGUUUUCACUCUACGGGCUCGUCUACGGCGGCCUCGUAGAGGACUAUAAGCGUGUGGGCCUGCCGCUGGAGCACGCGGCGGCGCUGCGCACUCUGGAAGGCCGUGUCAAUGGCAGCGGUGCACAGGGGGACGAACAGCACACGGGCGACGGCGUGCACCGCCGUAUGUUUGAGCUCUCCGCAACCACCGCUAACGUGGGCACACGCGACGAAGUUGGCUUGUGUCUCACGCCGGAGGCGCCCUACGCCCACGCCCUGCUCGCGUCGGGCACCCGCUACGUGCAUCGCGGCAGCCCUGCUAUCUCGUCAACCGAAACGGCGAAUCGUCGGCAGCAACACCAGGAGGAGCAGGCGGAAAGCGAUGUGUAUCAUUUCUUUGGUGAACUGCACGAGAAGGAUGUGUUGGUGUGCGAUGUACACGGCAGCAAAGAAGGAGAGCUGCCGAACGGCGAAGUCAGCCGUCCUGUUGUGUUUCUCCACGGCAUACUGGGCGAUGCGACGGUCGAGCGCUGCAGCUUCUGCACCGUCGUGGUCACCGGCACCCCGGGCAGCCUGCAGGUCGUCGACUGCCACCACUGCCAGCUGAUCGUCAUGGCGCGCGAGUGUGUUCUGGAGCGGUGCACGCAGGUGGACUGCGUAGCGCUGGUGACGGAGUACUUGUUGGCGAAGUCGUGUGAGGCAGUGCGGGUGCGGCCGCUGUUCCUUGACUGCCCUUUCAGCGACGAGGUGCUGCAGAGGGUGGUGAUGGGCAGUCUUGGAGGGCAAGAGGAGGAAACGGUGAUCGCCGCGUACGAGGACGGCCGGUUCGACCUCCUCAACGCCGUACUACGCGGCGUAGGCCAAGGCGUCAACGUCGAGGAGAGCAAGCUGGUGGUGGUGGAGGACAUGCACUACUACUCUCACGGCAAGUACAAGAGCGGCGACGAUCAUGACACACAGGACGAAGACGGUGGCAGCGAGAGGUGGUUCUCCGUCUUCACGGUGCCGUACAGCGCGGUUCACUGCCGGGUGUUGAGAGAGGGUGGCGGGCGAGAGGCAACGCCGAGUGACGCCUCGGAGGUGAUGGCUGCUGCGGCGCAGGCGUUGGCGGAGCACCUCUCCCUGCCCGCCUACACGGAAGUACUGCAGCGGUAUGAAGACGCCUCGGACGCGAGCCCAUCCGCUGAACAGCGGCACGUCCAGCACACCGUCGCCUUCCACGAUUUGCUGGACUGCUCCGUGCUGCGAUUGCGUGGUGCGGUGUGUCCGGUACGAAUGGCAGAGCGGGUCGCCGCAGAAGCCGCCGGUGAAGAUCUCACGGCACGUGCGCCGACGCUCAGCGACGUGUGCGUGUUACGCGUGCAAUUUGGUGUGCUGUACAUCGAGGACGCGGUGAACACACUGCGACUCAGCCAUUGCGUGGGUCCGCUGGACGUGGUGGUGUGCGCUGCCACCACUGUCGUCAUGGAGCGCUGCAUCGGUGUGCAGCUGCGUACCGCGUGCGUGGACUUCCGGGCGACGGACUGCGCUGGCUGCCACGUAGCCCUGCACGUGAACAAUGCUCCGCAGUACCAGCGCUGUACCAGCAUGGAGACGUCGGUGCUGAACAUCACGGCGAGCGGUUUUGACGCUCUCCUUGCGGCUGCCGAAGUGGAUGCGUCUUCAAAUCGAUUUAACGCCCCGCUGCUGCUGACACAGUCGUGGGAGACGACGCAGACGGUGAAGGCACCGACGCCGGCGCUCACCGCAGCUGCCGUCCACGCGUACUGCACUGGGACGGUGGCCGCGGUGCCCGAAAGCCAAACCACGACCUCGCUGUGCGAAGAGCUUCUUGCCUUCCUUGCUCGUCCCGAAGGAGCGAGUCGUGGCCGCGCUCCACCAGCGGAGACGCCCGUUAUUAUGGCGCUGCUGCGUCAACCUGUGACGGUGGUGUCGCCGCUGCCUGGGCUGUGCGUGAGUCCGCGCGAGGUCCCGUUUGUCGAGGAGCUCGAGAUGCAGGUGGCACGGUGGUCGCAGCGGCGGGCGCCGGCGUGCCGCAACAACGUGGUGGAUGUGGCACUGCGAGCGCUGGCCGAUGUCUCCAGCGUUUACCUCGACGUCCCUGCGUGGACGGCGGCGGCAGCCGGGGCCGCCGAGGCAAGCGCACAGAAGCCCCCCACCGUCACAGGGGUGUCGACCGCAGAAGAGGAAGCGACACCUGUUGUGCACAAGGACGUCGCAAGGCCGGCGCCGGCGGAAAUCGAAGAACCACCGCAGCAAGAACAAAACGGGCGACGAGAAGUCGGGGAAGGGGAGGCGGCGGCGGAUCAGCCCGCUGCUACCGUUGUUUCUGUCCCUCUCGUACGUGCCGCCGUUGCUGCGAAGGAGCGCAGUGCCGUGGUUUUGGCCAGUGCAUCUGAUAGGCAAGACAUCAUUGACGGGGAGGAGGGAGACGGCGCGGAGGAAAUCGCGAAUGAGGAAGAGGAGGAGGACGUUCAGCCGAACGCGGAAGCUCCGCAGCUGGAGGCGCCACCUCUCCAGGUGGCCACGACAGACCCCACGUCGCAGAUGGCGCGAGGCCUCUCGGAUGCAGCUGCGGUGGUCGCGGCGUCUUCUCCGUCCCUGCUGGUCGAAAAGCGCGAGGAGGAACCGCACGCAGAAAUCGCCACGGCAGCAAUCACCGUAGCAGCGGCCGCUUCGGAGGUGCACCGCGACCCUGCUGCGGGUUUGAACGUCGCGACGCACGCAUCCCCGCGCACCUCUGUCGGCUCCUUCGCUCCACCUCCGCGCUACUCGGAGCCGCUGUCGAGUCACUCCCCGGUGGCCUCCUCGCCCGAUCCCUCCGCGACCGUUCGCACCAUGACGAGCGAGCACGACGAUUACAGCAACUGUGCCAACGCCCUCUGCGCCACCACCACCACCAUCCCCGCGCCCAGUGUCGACGAGUCGGGCGACUCGAGCGUCGGGACACCGCCGCUGGCGCCCCUCCCGGCCUACGCGUUGUCCGCCACCGACGUGGGCGCCUCCUCCACGAUGGAAAUCUUCAACCCCACUUACCAACGCGCCGUUGCUGCGACGGCGAUGCGGCUGUUCGACGAGGCCGACGCACCGGCGCGACACGCAGCUGUCACGGGGGGAUACCGGCCGGUGCACGGGAUAGAUUCACCGUCCGGCCAGCAGCCGACGCUGGUGAACGCGUCUCCAGUCAUCACCGCCGCUCUGACCGCGGCGCGGGGCGGUGUGCCACCGCUGGUAACCACGGUCAACCGUUUUAAACGCAGCUCCGAAGAAGACUGGGUUCACUCCCCACCGGUGGACACGCCAAGCCGACACAGAGAUGACGAUCAUGAGGACAGCAGGCGCCACGGCGGCGGUAGCGGUGCGGUGGAGGAUCGACAGCCCACCGCAAACGCAGCAGCCAUGGCGGCGGCAACGGCGACGGAAGCCGCGGCGUUUCUCACCGCGAUUCCCGCCCCAGUGCAAGGGGAGCGGGAGGACGUGAUGGGGUUUUCUAGUCAAACAUCGUCGUCCGUGCCGUACUACCCCCACCGCGGGGUGCCGGCGUGCGACGACAACACACCACGCGUCGCUGGGUUGGAGGAAAACGAUCUAGGCCGUCCAGCUGGUGCACCGCGGCAAACAACGAAUUUCCUCCACUUCUCAGAAGACUCCUCGUCUCGGCGCGGCGACUCCUCGCACGUGCCGUCGCACGUGGCGGUGAGUGGGACGUCCCCGCCCGUCUCGCCCGGUGAACACCGCAUACCCGACAGCGACAGCUUUGGGGUGCCUGCCGUUGAUGCGGGCAUGCGGGAGCUGCUGCGGCAGGUGGACGAGGCGCGGCAGCGCUACGCGCGUCGGCAGCAGCAGCAGCCACAGCGGCAAGGUGGGCGGCCGUCUGAGGCGUUGAGGGCGCGAGUGAAGUCUGCGGUGGCGAAGGUGCAGUCCGUGAGGGCACCUGCGGAGGUGGCCGAGGAGUUUACUUGCUAG